UCAUUUUCAGUUCAUAGAUGUCUCACAAUUUGUAAUAUUUCCAACAAUUUAGAUUUAAGUAACUUCAGUAUUUUCACUCAUAUCCCUGAAACGACAUAGACGAAAUCCGCUGAGCCCGAGAGAGUAUUCCUUUUUUCAUAAAUUCAUUAGUCUAUAACAUAACUUUUUCCAAAGCUCUUCUGUAGAUAUUAAAGCUUGUUAAGUUUCGCCGUAGAAAAUCUUCCUUAGCUCCUACCGGAUUUUAAUAAGUUUAAACCCUCCAACUCUUUUACUACAAUUCUCUAGGUUGCUUGCCACACAGUGGAAACCCUCGAAUUCAAACCUUUUUAUUUUAAAUUGACAAAAAUCCAAUUCCCAUUCAAAUUCUUAAGUCUGCACUGUAUUUAAAAAAUCUGUGUCAUAAAAUAGCUCAAUUAAUGGCUUCAUAAAUAAAGUUGUUCUAAUGAUUUGUUUAAACGCUGUUUUUAGGGUGUUGCCUCAAUCCGAAGCCUAGCGACAAGAAAACUAGUUUUCUCAGCACUCAACUUUAAAUUUUCUAUGGCUGGCAGGCCAGACUGACAGAUCUCAAAAGAAUAUUUAGGCAUUUUAUUGAAUUCAGUCAGAAUAUUUAAUUUGUCGUAACAAGAAUAGAAAAACAGCAGCUGAGGAAAUUAUGAAUUUGAAAAUCGCCUACAUUGUUUGCUGGAUAGUGACAACAGUCUUUUCCCCUCUCUCUGAGGGUCGCAUCUUAAAUUGCUGUGAUUUGGCCAGGGAAAUGUCCCGUUUGGGCGUUGCAAAAUCCGAACUUGCCACCUGGUGUUGCAUUGCCCAGUUCGAAAGUCGCUACAACACCACCGCCAUUGGCCGCCUGAAUGGCAAUUGGUCCAAUGACUAUGGCCUGUUUCAGUUCAGCGAUCGCUACUGGUGUCAGUCGUCGGCGAAGCCAUCAAGAAGUUCAGCAAAUUUGUGUCAAAUUAAUUGUCAGCAUUUGGUCAGCGGCGAUGAUGUGAGAGAGUCUAUCAAAUGUGCCCAGAAAGUGAAAAAGCUACAGGGAUGGCGGGCCUGGUCGGUGUACAAUGGCCGCUGUAAGAAUGCAAAACUUUUGCCCUCAAUAGAGGAAUGUUUUUGAAAAGUGAAAAACGGAAAAAAUAUCUUUGAAUAAAAAGAAGAAGAUCUGGUGGAAAUUCCUUGCCUUUUUAUUUCGCUUUGCAAAAAAACCGGGGAAGGUGUCUUUUGAGUAACAAGUUGUCUGCAGAACAAAUGAUAAAUUACGACAGUUUUAUGCCCCAGGACUGGGAAGAGAAGUGCUUACACACACAAAUGAACAAUAAACAAAUUCUGUGAUUACUUUAUGUAAAUGCAUUGUUAAAAAAUA